GAUCCCUCUGAUCUGCUCAAUGAAAAUCCAAGAUGUUUUGCGUUGAGAGUUUGCUGUUUGAGUUUGAGAACGCAAUACCAGUAAUGUACAUUGAUUUAAAUUUCAGCAUUGUGGAAGUUGCUCCUGUUCUGUCGCAAUGGAUGCCAAUCAGCAACGGCAAGUGGCUGACUUAGAGGUGGAAGUUAUGACUGAUAUGUACAGCAGGCUUACACAAGCAUGUCAUACCAAGUGCAUCCCAGCCAAGUACAGAGAAGGAGACAUCACAAAGGGAGAGGCGGUGUGUCUUGAUCGCUGCGUGGCAAAGUACUUAGAAAUCCAUGAGAGCAUUGGCAAGAAGCUAACCUCAAUGUAUAUGGAUGAAGAGGCCAUGAAGAGACAGAUGCAGGCAUCUGGGAAGAUGUGAGAAGGGGCACCUCUAUGGUGCAAUGAGAAGGCCAUGCUUAGGAUGUGCUACUGUCCACUAUGAGACAAACAAGAUGUGCGGGACAUUGCUCACCAGCACAGCACAGCUACAUGUUACUCCAGUGCAUCCCAGUGCGGUCUGGCCCGGCUCUCUGAGUGAUCAUCAACUGGUGGUGGACUUGACCAUCUCGCUGAGUACCAUGCCUGCACUAUGAGUAUGACUCGUAUCCGUAUGCAGUUCUCUGAGAGUGGAUAUGGCACCUGACACGGUGCUGUGUGACACUGACAUGCUGCCAUUGUACUACUGCAAGGAUUCAUUCAUGGCAAGGUCUAUCAAGGUAUGACAAGUCAGUGUCUCUGCUGAUACCCGUGCAGCAACGUGUGCUAGCUGGGCUAUGGCUGUGCACUGGCUGUUAUCAGUAUGAUACAGUACAGUUCAGCACUAGGCACAAGGCAACGCUAGCUACGGUUACUGCUGCUGCUGCUGUUGUUUGUGCAGUGCUGCACUGUACAAGAACAGUAAGAACAGUAGCAUUGUAUUCCUGACCAGUGUGUCACCACACUAUGCCCUGUUGGUCUUGCAUCAACCUUGGGUCUGUCAUGCAGAUAUAGCCACCACGCGUACUGACUAUUUAUGCUGCCAGUAGGCUGUUCAGCAGUGUGCUGUGUGCUGUGUGCUGGCAGGGUGUUGGAAGGCCUUGCUUCUACUCUGCCGACGCACUGAAGGCACUGCUAAACACGAUUGUACAUGCUUCACACUCCUCACGUACUGCUUUCCACAUCAUGAUUACAUGUUUCAUGACUGUGUGGAUUGGAUAGCAGCGAUACCAGUACUG